UAACUUUUAAUCACACUACUGUUACUUUAUUGGGGGGAAUGUUCUUGACAACGUUAGCUAGAGUUACCAGCUAAGCUUUGACUUAACGUUUGUACUUGUCAUCUACCUUGUCUUUUCUCUAUUUGGGUGUUCGUGUGCUAUUAUUCCGGUUUGAAAUCGGGCUAUAAUAUGCUGAAGACUACAUAUUUAUGUAUUUAUUUACUGGCACAAUAUAAACAGAUCAAAAGGUAACAUUGUAAAAAAAAAAAACAAGAAAAACAUGGAAGCAAGAAAUUAGUUAUGAGAAAUAAGUGCAGGUGAGUAAAGAAACCCAAAAAGGCUUAUGCAAGGUUCUCACCUAAAGCAGUAAAUUAACAAACACAUUUAAACAUAGUAUAUAGAAACAAUAAGAUAACAAGUAGGGCAGCACGGUGGCGCAGGGGUUAGUGCAUGUGCCUCACAAUACGAAGGUCCUGAUUGAUUGAUUGAUUGAUUGAAACUUUUAUUUGUAGAUUGCACAGUUCAGUACAUAUUCCGUACAAUUGACCACUAAAUGGUAACACCCGAAUACGUUUUUCUACUUGUUUAAGUCGGGGUCCACGUUAAUCAAUUCAUGGUAAAGGACUGAGUAGUCCUGAGUUCAAUCCCGGGCUCGGGAUCUUUCUGUGUGGAGUUUGCAUGUUCUCCCCGUGACUGCGUGGGUUCCCCUCCGGGUACUGCGGCUUCCUCCCACCUCCAAAGACAUUCACCUGGGGAUAGGUUGAUUGGCAACACUAAAUUGGCCCUAGUGUGUGAAUGUUGUCUGUCUAUCUGUGUUGGCCCUGUGAUGAGGUGGCGACUUGUCCAGGGUGUACCCCACCUUCCGCCCACGUGCAGCUGAGAUAGGCUCCAACAACCCCCACGACCCCAAAAGGGACAAGCGGUAGAAAAUGGAUGGAAGAUAACAAGUAGACUACCUUGUGUGGAUUGAGUCUAAGUGGGUGGAUGCUGCUGUGACAGGCCUCACAGGAGACAAGAUGAUGUUGCCAGAUGCUGAUGCAGAGGCGGUUGUGUCAGGUGGCAAAGGGAAGGGGAAGAGAACCAAAACCCUAUCAUUUGAUGACUGUGUGUGUCCGGUGUGCUUGGAGAUGUUUUUGGAGCCUGUGACGCUGCCCUGCACACACACGUUCUGCAAGGUCUGUUUCUUGGAGUCGGUGGACAAAAGCACGCUGUGCUGCCCCCUUUGCAGGAAGAGGGUCUCCACGUGGGCCCGACAGAACAACAAGAACAAGACGCUGGUCAACGAGCAGCUGUGGAGGCAAAUUCAGAUCAGCUUCCCCCAGCACUGUCAGCGUCGCCUCUGCGGGCAGGACGCCAUCACCGAGGACGAAGUGGGAGUGUUUUUCCCCAGGGUCAGUCAGCCUGGAGAGCUGAGACAAGAAUAUCAGGAGCAGGUCACCAAACUGACAGAGGAAAAGCGAGAGCUGGACGAGGAGGAGCAACGGGCCAGCGAGGAGUACAUCCAGAGACUCCUGGCCGAGGAGGAGCAGCUGCUGAAGGACGAGAGGAGGAGGCGAGAGGAGGACGAGCGACUGGCCAAAGUGCUCAGCAAAGAACUGAACGCUGCUUCCGUCUCCCAGGACAACCGGCAUCCUGACAUCACUCCAGCCAAGAAGAAAGUCAACGUAGGACAAAUAGAAAAGUACUUGUAUCGUCUUCCGUCUAAAUCCAACAAGGAGAACAUCCUCCUCUCCGAGGACAUGCGUCUCCCUCAGCUGGACUUCUACGGGCCUCCUUCAGCGGACCAGUCAGAAGUUGCGUGCGUCAGUCCACUCUCUGCGUUUUCCCUAGCGGAGGGGGAGGGGCGCGAUAGGAGCCUCGCCAGCGGAGGGGGAGGACUCCCUCAGGUGGACUUCUACGGGCCUCCUUCAGCGGACCAAUCAGAAGUUGCGUGCGUCAGUCCACUCUCUGCGUUUUCCUUAGUGGAGGGGGAGGGGCGCGAUAGGAGCCUCGCCAGCGGAGACGAAGGACCCUCCUCGGUAAAGAGGAAGAGCUCUGAGCUGGAACAGGAGCCGGAGGAGACCUACAUCAAGCGAGGGCGAGGUCACUGGCUCCCCCUUUCCUCCUCCUCCUCCUACUCUUCCUCGCCAGAAACCGGAACGACUGUGCUGCGGGGGCUGGUUGAAUUGGAGGCGGAGCUUCAGAGCCGGCGGCGUCAGGAGGAGGAGGACCGGCAGAUGGCGCUGCUCCUGCAGCAGGAGCUCAACCAGGAGGAGAUGCAGCGACACACUGACAGGCGCAAAGGAUCUGCCGACGCCUACCCGCUACGACGUAAAAGCCUCGCCCACAGGGCCUCCAGGACUACAAAGACCUCCCCCCCAGCCACCGCCAGCUCUUUUGCUGAGUCCUCUCUGGACUCAUCCAGCCCCUCCUCCUCCUCCUCUUCCUCCUCCUCCAGCAGAGGGAGCAAGCAGACCACCCUAACGGACUUGUACCCCAACUUGGGCACCUGAACCCCCCAAACUCUGACUCACUGUUCCCCGACUUCCUGCCCUCAGUCUUGUUUCAGUAAUAAAAAACAUUUCCACACACCUUAAAACAAAACACUCACGCUCAGUCAGCUCCAGGAGACCAGGACUUAGUCAGGACUGUUUCUCUGCACAGGUGCUUCCUUUUCUAACGUUUAAAUUGGUGAAACAAGCUUAAAAGGCGUUGCUAUAUUUUUUCAUUUUUACAAAAAUAGAAAGUUGCCUUCUGUUUGCUGUUUUCAGAUAUUUGCUGCUCAGUAAAUUCAGAUUUCUUAAAUUUUAUAGACAAAAUGAGUCAAUGCAUUGAAACACAAGACUCUGCAGGACAUUUGUCUCUGAGAGCAUUGUCCGGAUCAUUUUAUCGGAAUACUCUGUACAUCAAACGCCUUAUUUUUGCCUUCAUUGUAGUGGAGGACUGUAAAGAUCCAAGAUGGACUGUUUGAACACGGAUUACAUGAGCUAGUUUAGUUUAUGCUGCUGACGAGGUUCCUCUGUUCUGGCCAUCAAGCUGGAGCAGUUGUGUGUGGAGUGUGACAUCACUUCCUGUUUGGCUGCAGAUUCUUUGUCUUUUAUAAGAAAU